GCUCUGGAGGUCUGGGGAGUUCAGACAUGGAGUUACAAAAGAUGCUAAUAGAUGCAAGGAUGCGCUGUGAAAACCACAAAACAAACUACCAGACCCUGAAGGCUGAACACACCAGGCUUCAGGAUGAGUACACGCGGGUCCAAGGGGAUUUGAAGCGUAUGUUGAAUGAAAAGCAGGCUGGUCAAGAGAAGCUGCAGCUGUUACUGGCUGAGCUACGUGGAGAACUACUCGAUAAGACCCGAGAGCUUGAGGAGCUCAGACUGCAGGUGGCACGGCUGGAGAAGGAAAAGGAGGAACUCAAUGCCCAGCUGCAGAGCAGUGACCCGACACGAGACAUGAAACGGGUGGAGACUCUACUCAGAGACAAGGCUCAGCUCCACCAGCGAAUCAAAGGCCUGGAGGCAGAGGUGGCCCAGCUCCGUGCCGAGAGAGACAACACGGGGGCGCAGGCCGAAAACGUGCAGCGAAUCCAGAUUCGACAGCUGGCCGAGUCCCAGGCAGCCAUUAAGGCCCUGGAGGCAGAGAAGCAGUCGGUUCGAAUGCAGCUGGAACGUGUUGAGAAGGAGCUUGUCCUCAGUCAGGAACAGAACACACUGCUCACCAGCAAACUUCACAAAGCUGAGAGAGAGGUCAACACACUCUCCAGUCAGGUUGAGGGAAUGAAGCACUCUCAGAAGCUGGAGAUAGCCAACAUAAGGCUGGAGAGUGAGAGAGCCCGAGGAGAGGUGGAAAGAGAGAGAGACACACUGCAGGCUCAAAUGGAAGGUCUGCAGUCUGACAUGGAGGUGCUGAAGUCUGCAGUGGAACGUAAUAAGGAAAUUCUGGCAGAGAAGGAGAGAGAGAUUGUCCGAAGGGUACAGGCUGCACGGGAGGAAGAGGUCCACAAAAUCGCCGCCAUACAGGAGGAGAAGCUGGAGUUAGACAAUCGUCUUGCUGAGCUGGAGCAGCAGAGGGCUUUAAGCGAGGCAGAGGGACACGCCCUGAGAGAGGAGUGGGAGGAGCGUCUCCGUGGUGCACAACUGGGGGAGGAGUCUGCACGCAAAGAGCUGCUAAGCCUCAGAGCUAAACUUCAGCAACAGGCUGUGCAUUUAGAGGAGCUGGAGAGGCAGAAAACAGAGAAUGCAGACUUGAGACGGCAAAACGCCGAGCUGAACGUGCAGAUCAGUACGCUGUCUCACUCAGAGAACGAGCUCCUAGAAACAAACAGUAAGCUGAGGGAGAGUGUAGAGAGACUGAGAGAGGAGCUGAGGAAUGCCCGGGUACAGAUGGAGAGGACACAACAGGAGGCAGAGAGGCUUGUAGAUGAAAGACGGGUAGAGUGGCUAGAAGAGAAACACAAGCUGCAGGAAAGAGACGCCGAGCUACAGGAAAAAUACAGUCAAGCCAAAGAACGUCUUCACAAGGCAGCUCUCGCACAGAAAAAGAGAAAGACAAUGACAGAGACUAAAGAAAAGAGACUUCAAGAUAAGAUACAACUACUAGAGGCCAAAAUAGCAGAACUAGAGAUUGAAGCCACUGCAGCCAAGAAGAGACCUUCAUACUCUGAGGAGCAUGCCCAGCUCAACCGGCGGCUGAAAGAUCUGCAGCGCAGACACACUGAAUUCCGCCGACUGUUGCUGGGGGGUCAAAUGACCUCCACACCCCUGGCUCCCUCACUCCUCAUGCCCGGGUCCGAACUGGUCUUCUCCAGCUUACAGGAUGAGCAGUACCAGAGGGAGCUCUCUGUGGUGCGGAGGCGUCUGGAGGAGUUGGAAAGCACUCAGCAGCAGCAGCUGGAGCAGCUGGCCACCCCUAUGGACCGGGACACGGACAGGGAACGACUCCACUGUGACUCUCGUAACGGAAACAACAGCGUCCUACAAGAGGGCACUCCAGACCUUUAACACUAGUACAGGAGCAAUAAAAAUUGACUAAGUGCCAAAAGACCUAGAUGAAUGGUUUUUAAACAGAGGGCUGUAUUUAUGAUGAAUUUGUAAUUUGUUCUUGUUUUUGGGAAUCACUGAUAUGCUAUUUUUUUGUUGUUUUUUUUUUUAACUUGAAACAGGUUGUA